AUGCGCCCCUCCACCCCACUGUCCGCGGCCCUCCCGCCGCUCAUUAUGGGCACCGCAACAUUCAAUUCCCAAUACAACGCCGAUCCCUACGCCCUCCCAACAACAGAACUCGUGCAGCGCGCACUAUCGCGCGGUAUUCGCGCUUUCGAUACAUCCCCCUACUACGGCCCCGCCGAAGAACUCCUCGGCCGCGCACUCGCAACAGAAACCGUGCAAACCAACUUCCCCCGCGAGACAUACCACAUCCUCACAAAAGUCGGACGUAUAGCAGGCGCUUCAUUCGACUACUCCCCCCAAUGGAUCAGACACAGCGUGCGCCGCAGUCUACGCCGUCUACACACAGACUACCUGGACGUAGUGUACUGCCACGAUGUGGAGUUCGUGACGCCCGCAGAAGUCGUCACAGCCGUACGGGAGUUGCGCCGUCUGCGCGAUGAAGAGGGCGUUCUGCGCUACGUAGGUAUCUCUGGAUAUCCGGUCGACACACUCAGCGAGCUGGCGGAGACGGUGUUGCGCGAGACGGGCGAGCCGCUGGAUAUCGUCAUGUCGUAUGCCAACUUCACGCUGCAGAACACCCGGCUACACUCGCACGCCCUGCCCAGGCUUCUUGCCGCGGGCGUAGAUGUUGUUCCUAACGCUUCACCGCUGGGAAUGGGGUUGCUUCGUCGUGACGGCGUGCCGAUUGGCUCAAUGGGCGAUUUCCAUCCUGCGCCGAACGCCCUGCGCACUGCUAUCCGCAAUGUUUCAGACUGUGCGUCGCGACACGGCGAGAAGCUCGAGGUUGUGGCGAUUCGGUUUGCGCUGGAAUCGUGGAUGCGCGUUGGCGCACGGGCCGGCGGUCUCGGUGCGCCGCUUGCGCGUGCUGCGGACGCCGAUCCAGGGUUUUUGUCAGUUGCGAAUAUGGGCACGGGGAGGAGACUGGGUGUCAGCGUUAUGGGUGUUAGCAACGUUGCGGAGUUGGAUGAGACUUUGCGCGUGUGGCACAGUAUCGUUGAUGGAUUGGAGAAUUGGAACGAGGAUGAUGAAGGCUCGUAUUUCGAUACUGGGUUGAAAUCAACUGGCCCGUCGACUCCUAGCCUUGUUCCAGCGAGCGCUGUUCCAACGGCUGCGAACGCUAGUAUCCUCACGCCCCAGGAAGGUCUCGUCACGGACCGUGCCUGGUCUCGCGCGCGUGGCGCUCAUAUCUUGCAACUUGCACGAGAGAUUCGGGAUAUAUUGGGCGCAGAGUGGGUUGAUUAUGUCUGGGCUAGUCCGUCGCCGGACUUUGUGAAUUCGUUGUCCGAGGAGCAUAUCGCCGCUAUGCAGAAGAUUGCAGCUGAAGAGAAAGCAGGACGGAAGAUGGAGAUUUCUAUGCCCGGGGGUGCUGUUAACGAAGAUCCUAUGCUGACACCACCAUCUGAUGUGGAGAAGCAGCUUGCUUAA